UAAUUCCCAUAAUGCUCUGCGCGAGUAACGUUGAAGUGUUGAAGUGCGAUCUGUCGGGAUUAUAAAAUUGAGAGGACCUAUUAAUCCAGUUAUUCUUGAUGAGCUUGUAUUCGGGGUUUCAAUAUGGCCUCCGAAAGAAAAGCCAAAAAAGAGAAGGAGAUCGUCAGCGAGUUUGAAAGUCAUAUGCGAGAUAUACGUGCCCAGCUUGGUGACCAAUUGAAAUGUCUCGAGAACAAGCUAGAGAUUCAGGUUGCCAUUGUCGCAGAACUACAGGAGUUCUUCAAGCGACGGGCGGAGGUGGAAAUGGAAUAUUCGAAGAACCUGGAUAAACUUGUGCGUCAGAUGAUUACACGACAUCGAGCUGAGAAACAAAAUCGUCAAGAACAGUGGGCUACAUUUUCAACAUUUGCAUGUUGGAAGCAUUUGUUGGGCAUCACUCGCAAGGAGAGCCAGGACCACAACACUAUCAGUGAGCUGUACAGCAACACCGUCAUGAACAGGCUGAACGAAACCAUCGAAAAUUCACAGAGGAUAUUCAAGAAGUGUCGGGAAAUCGGGUCUGAAUCACAUGAAGACAUGCUCAAAGUGCUCAAUGAACUACAGAGUGCAAUGAAAACAUACCACAUCUACCAAUCCGAGAGCAAGCAGGCUGAAUCUAAACUGAGAAGUGUGGAGUCACAGAAAAUGAAGGUUGAACAGCAGCUGUCGGGCAAGAAUACAACUAGUCGCAAGCUGAAGGGCCUGGAGCGACAAGCAGAGAAGCGCCAGUCUAAAUACUCUGAGAACAAGUUGAAGUCCCUGAAAGCCCGGAAUGACUACCUCCUUUGUAUCGAGGGAGCCAACUCUGCCAUCACCAAGUACUUCUCUGAUGACAUCUCCGAUUUGAUGGACUGUAUGGACUUUGGCUACCAUAACUCUGUGGGGCGAACAAUGAUGAUGUACCUCUCAGUACAUGAACAACUGAAGCAGACGCACCAGUCAGCCAUUGAGUCCAUCAACAAGAACAUCUCCGACCUUGACUCAAGGGCAGAUAAGCAGAAGUUCAUGGAGCUGAACAAUCAAAUGUUUAUGCUGCCAAAGAAAUUUGAGUUCCAGCCCUUCAAGGGAGAUGAGGGUGUGAAAGAAAUACAAAUCCCCGUUCGUCAGAUCAGUGCUCAAAAGCCUGUCCAAGACGACCUGGUGCAGCGGCAUCAGAGCAUUGGGGAGCGGCUUGCAUCUCUAACUGCCGAGAAUAAUGAGAUAUGGAAGACAUUGGAGACAACUGAAAGAGCACUUGUUGAUCUUAUACAAGUGAAGGACUAUGAUGUGUCAAGGUUCUUCCGAGAAGAGAACCCUCCACCAAAGUCACCACAUGAAGAUGCUAAAUAUCGAAAUGAUCGUCAGGAGACAGAAACAUUCUAUUUAUCAAAAUUCCGGGAGUAUACACUAAGCUGCAAUCGGCUUGCACGGCUACAGUCCAAGUACAAUGCAAUACAGAAAGCUUUGGGAGAAAAGGAUCUGUCUUCUGGGGUGACAAGACCACCUGCUCUUCCACCCAAACCUCAGAAACGGCGAAUAGGUCGAACUCCCCCAGUUGGUCAGCCCAAGCUGUUCGGGGGGAGUCUGGAGGAGUACUGUGAGGCCCUGAACGUGGAUAUACCUCGCAUCAUCCGCAGCUGUAUACGAGUGGUCAACCUGUAUGGUAUGCACCACCAGGGAAUUUUCAGAGUGUCUGGAGCUCAGCUGGACAUAAAUCAGUUCAAGAACUCUUUUGAAACAGGUGAAGAUCCCCUAAUUGACGUCGUGGACUCAAGUGACAUCAAUUCUGUUGCUGGGGUCCUCAAACUGUACUUCAGGGAGCUCCGUGAGCCACUGUUCCCACUGCACCUGUUUGAAGAGCUAGUUUCCUGCACACGUGAGGAAACAAGCCGCCGUGUGGAGAGACUACGAGAUCUCCUGAGUACACUCCCAAGAUGCAUCAUCAUCGUCAUGAGAUAUCUUUUUGCCUUCCUCAACCACUUAUCAGAGUACAGUGAUGAAAACAUGAUGGAUCCAUACAACCUGGCUAUCUGUUUUGGGCCGACUCUCCUCCCCAUCCCGCCUGACCGUGACCAGGUCUCCUUCCAGGGCUCCGUCAACAAUAUCAUCAAGACCAUCAUCACUCACCAGGAGGAGCUGUUUCCCAAUGAUGGUGGAGAGGUGUAUGAGAAGUGUAUUCUGGGGGACAACUCCAAUGAUACUGGCGAAGAUGAUGAGACAAGCUCCAUCCCCAGUGAUGAGGAAGGAUCCAUUUGCGAACCUGAUCUGCUGGAGGCAACCGCAUUGUAUGACUUCGAGGGUCGCACUGGCCGGGAGCUGACCUUCAAGAAGGGAGACACGCUUAUCAUCUACAGUCAGGUGUCCAACGACUGGUGGGAGGGAUGUUGUCACGGUCAGGAGGGCCUCAUCCCGGAUAAAUAUAUCUCUCUUGUCAAACAGGGAUCUAUUGAUGAGCCGAAGAGUUUGAGCAGCGAGGAGGGUGACAAGACUAGUUCCACCCAGUCCUUACCUACCAAGCCCCCCAUCCGACAGUCCAGUGAGGAGACCUCGGUCAUCAUUGACAAGCCUGUCGAGAAAUCGGUGUCACAGCCUAACAUUAUAGUGCGAGAGACUGACAUCAUUGAUGUGGACACUUCCACAGUGUCACAGCCCUCCACCCCUAAAACAAGUGUAAUUACAUCCAAAGUUCCUAGUUUAACUAGUGUAGAGGAAGUAGAUUCUCCUUCUGGUGGGGGAGAUGCACCAAAGGAGCUCAAGAGACAGGUGUCUUCCCCAGAUUCAACAGCAGAUGAUAUAUCUGUGGAUAUUGACAAUGCUCUAGAAGAGGUUAUGGCAGGGCUCAAGUCCUUAGAGAUGCAACAAAGGUCUGCCAAGAGGAUGAGUUUGCCUGUAGUCAAGGCCAAGCAAACUCCCAAGCACACUCCUGACCUUGUAUUGGACCUGCCCGAGGGCUCUGACUCGCCACCUUCCCAAGAGAGUAGCGAGCCAGAUAGUCCCACAAUAAGUGCUGCUGAAACAUUUGCUAAGUCAAAUCAAGGAACUUUGAAGAAAGCUAGUUCGAUGCCACGCAACAUAUCAACCACAAAUCGUUUGAAUCUAUCUGAAGACUCUGAGAGGGGAAACAACUCUGAUCUUCCACCACCACCACCAUUAUCAACAUUUAACUCUGGCGGGAUAAUUCGGCGUGUUCAGUCCACUUCGCCUGCCAUACGCUCAAAAUCUGUCACAGACGCUAAAUCUGAUCUUCCUACAUUGGUGGGUAUGAGCCCAGGUCCUCUCCGGGUGGCAGAGAAACCCAAACCACCUGUCAAGGCUAAACCGUCGGUCAUGAAGAAGCCAGGGAGAUCGCCAGAGGUUGCAAGGAAAUUUCCCAAACCUGAUUCUGCUCAAGAUUCCCCAACUAAAGUGCUGAAGUGAUGCCCCUCUAUAUUAUUUUUACAGAAUCCUACCUAAAGCAUGUUUAUCUUCAUACCUCGCCUGGUGCAUCAUGAUACCUGUAUUCAACUAACUGGAAUGUACCGUGUGUUGACUCUGUUUGUGGAGUCUAUGAACAGCCUGGAGUGACUGAGUUUCUACAAUGAUCUGAUUCCCACUGUGGUAGCACAAAUCUGGUGUUACAGGCAACAAUAAUGCCCUUGAUAUGACUUGAGUGUGAUAUAUUACUUCCAUGUUUCUGACAUCACAACUUGUUCAUCACCGUUUGAUCUGGAGACAGGCCUUGCAACAUUACCACAGGUUUUGAGAUUCAGGACUUGUUACAAUGUGGAUCUUGUGCUGCAUGCAGACACUGAACAGAUCUGUAUCCAGUCACACUUGUCUCUCCGCAGUCUUGUAGUUACUAAUAGCAGACAAGGCUGUUGCAUUUACAAAAUGUUUACAUACUCCUGAAUCAGAAGCAGAUGAAGGACUGUACUGCAGACCCGGAACUGUUGCAGGAGCGGAUUUGAUGACCCUUGAGUCAGAAGGACCAUGGUGACUAGCCAGCCGACUGACUGACUGUACUGACUAGCCAGCUGACCGACUGUACUGACUAGCCAGCAGGGCUGAAUCACUGUGGGGCUUGUGAUGGAUGCAGUGUGCAUCUUGUGUUGUCUGCUUUAGAGUCUUGCCAUUUGUUAUGAAGCAGCUGGUGCCAAUGUAUAUCCUGUAGUUGCAAGGCAUUAGUGGCCUCGUGUCUGCCAGUACUAGGGUCAACAUGGUGUUACAUGUUACACAUAACAAUGACAGAAGAUGACCUUUUCUUCAUGAUACAACAUUUAAACCAGAGAAUAUAUAUACCCUCAUUUUUCUAAAUUGCCAAAACAAUUUUCAACUCCAAUUUCGAACAUUUUGCAAUUAUAAUUGUUGACAUUUGAUUUUGCUUUGAUAAAUGAACGCUAUGCAUAUCGAGAUGCAGUUUGGUUUCUCCAAUGAAAUGUUCCGUAGCAAUCACACGUUAGUAACAUGCCUUGCUUUUUAACGUACCAGUAUGGAAAAAGAUGAUUUUAUUUAUUUAUUUGAAAAUAUCCUGUGAUAUGUGCUAUCAUGAUGCUGUUAAAAUACACUGAUUGAGUUUAGUUACUAUGCCAACUUGAAAUGUUUUAGAAUGAACUGAAAACAGAAAAUCAAAAUCUGUCCUUAUAUGCCAAAAUGUUAUUGUUACAGUGAAUUAUAAAUUUUAAUUGCUUCCUUUUGGUAUAAAAAUUAUACAAAUUGUCCUGACUUGCAUGAUACAGGCAAGACUGAGGUUCUGUUUGACUGAUAUACUUAUUCAGAAUAUAAUCUCUCCCAGUAUUUUGUCAUGUGUGAACGACAUGAACCCUUAAAUGUUUUCAGUUAGUUAUGAAUGGUUUUUAGUCUUGUAACUAUGAUUUGUUAGAUUGUUUAUUAAGGUGUUUGUUCUUAUGAAUGUGAUGAAAAUGACUAUUUUUAUAUGAGGGUCCGCUUCCAGUCACCACAGCUUUGUGUUGCUGUAAGUCGUGAUAGGUCUCACAAUUAUGUGGGGGGUUUAAAGGCAAAAUAUGGUAACAGAAACAUUCAACAUUGUACCUUGAAAAUCUGGCACAGUGUACUUAAGUUAAUUAUUCUGCCAGUUUUACUUGAUUUUAGAACAUGUGAAACUGUUGUUACUCUGUUGUAUAAGAAGUAUUUAACAGAAAUAAUCCAGAAUGUAACUCUGAAAUGAAGGUUAAGUUACCACUUUCUCUGGUGGCGAGACUCCAGUGACAGCAGAUGUCAUUCAGUCCUGUAACUGUUGUGUGACCAUCGCUGUGUGUUAGCAAUGUGAUGAGAAGUGUGACCUUAGGCUGGUUUUUGUCAUUAUUAACUAGAGUUAAUUAAUCUCCAGAUGUGUGAACACUACAAGAAUGUUGACCUGAAACAAUGUGAUUGUUAGUAUGUAGUGAUGCAGCACAUGGAAUAUACUUUCAAAGUGAUUGGUGUUUCAUGCACACUAACUGCAAUAUAAACUAUGCUGAAGUGUGACAUGUUUGUAUAUUUACUGUAUGUCUUGAAAAUAGUUGGGUCAGUUCAAAGGAAAUGUCUCUUCUAUUUUCAUUAAAUCAACCUUAUAGCAAUUGCUUCAUGUGAGCUAAAAAUUAAACACAUACUAGCCAGUGAUAUUUUACUUGGAAACAAAACAAUGAGUCAAUAUGAAUCAUUUCCAGUUUUGGAAAAUCUGAACUGAAAUAUCCAAACUGACAGGACAGUUUUCUUAGGGGGUUAUUUCUGUCUUUCCACACUUCCAACAUAACGCUCCUCUUGCCAUGUCUUCCACAUCAGGGGCAAGUUAUCUGACAUGUCAGAAAUCUCAUUGUACCAACUUGUCAUACUCGUCAGGUUAGCUGGGUCUGAAACAUUUCAUCUGAGCCAAUAUCAAAGUGGAACAAUGGCAGCAUUCGAAAAUUCAUGCACAAGUUCAGUCCUAGGGAAGGUUUUAUAACAGAUGACAUUUUUCCCUUUUAUUUGACUAUUUUAUUUCUGUUAUUUGUUUCACUCGUUUCUUCCAGUUUUAUUCAUUCCAUUUUGUUUCUGCCAAGCGGUAUUAUCCUGUCACCCUUUUAAUACCAUGUGUUUUUCUUGAAGUAGGUGAAUAUCAAAUUUCCUCUCCCAAAAGUAACAGGUUUUCAUGCUUUAAUUAUCUCUGCUUGAAAUAUCUUGUGUUUUGCAUGUUGAGAAAAAAAAAAGGUCACUAAAUACAUAAGUUUAACUGUAAAUGUAUGUAGAUACAGGUUGGGAGCAGAAAUGAUAAUUAUUGCUAUAAGUGACCUUUUUUUAGGAGGAAUGUGCAAUUGUUUUAGAGCAACAUAACAUUUCUAUGAAUGUACAUAAUUUUAGAUAAUAUAAGUGAUCAUCUUAGCAGUUUUCUGCAUGUAAGUCAAAGAUGGGUAGUUCAUCAGCCUAUUACUGUGUAGGACUUGUAUUAUUAUUUUCAUCUCUUUUUCCUUUUGUCUGAUAUUACCAAACAGAAUUGAGAAGUGGGGAUGCCUCAUGUUCAUGUAGUCAGACUAGAUCCGAGUGUAAACGUACGCUGAGUGUAUUGAGAAACGUGGACAGUGUAGAGUUGUCUGUGUGUCUGGCAUCUGUACGUUGCGGUGUUCCGCCAAUUGGCUUGUCUCAAGUGUACCUGAUAAACAUGAUGACAUUCUCAGAAAUAUAAUGGGAAAAUUUG